AUGGAGUUCACGCCCGCGUAUGCCCGUGUCGUCGAGGAUUCCGAGAGGCCUCGCGGCGGCGUGGCGUGGGUGGAGAAGGAGCACAUGUUCGAGAAGGUGGUCACCCCGAGCGACGUGGGGAAGCUCAACCGCCUCGUCAUCCCAAAGCAGCACGCUGAGCGCUACUUCCCCGCGCUGGACGCCUUGACCGCCGCCGCCGCGGCGGCGGCAGGCGGCGGGAAGGGGCUGGUGCUCAGCUUCGAGGACCGGGCGGGGAAGUCGUGGCGCUUCCGCUACUCGUACUGGAACAGCAGCCAGAGCUACGUGAUGACCAAGGGAUGGAGCCGCUUCGUGAAGGAGAAGCGCCUCGGCGCCGGGGACACAGUCUUGUUCGCGCGCGGCGCGGGCGGCGAGGGCGCCCCGCGCGGCCGCUUCUUCAUCGAUUUCCGCCGCCGCCGUCAGGACUUCGCGUUCCUGCAGCCGCCGUUGGUGUCUGCGCAGCGCCUCCUGCCGCUCCCGUCGGUGCCCAUCUGCCCGUGGCAGGACUACGGCGGCUCCACUCCGGCGCCCAGCCGGCACGUGCUGUUCCUGCGCCCGCAGGUGCCGGCAGCCGUUGUUCUUACGUCAAUGCCCGUGCACGUUGCUGCAUCAGCGGUGGAGGCGACGAGGUCAAAGCGCGUCCGCCUGUUCGGGGUGAACCUCGACUGCCCGCCGGACGCUGCCGAAGACGGCGCCACAGUCACCCGGACGGCGUCGACGCUUCUGCAAUUGCCGUCGCCAUCGUCGUCAACAUCCUCCUCGACGGCAGGGAAGGAUGCGUGCUCUUUGGAUCUUAGACUGUGA